AAUGCUGGAUGAAGGAACCUUAUUAUGACUCUAAUGAUUAAUAUAUAAUAAAGUUUACACAUGGGAUUACCUUCUGCAAAGGCAAAUGAAUGGAAACAGCACGUCGUUCAUUGGAAAAUAAAUCUAAACUAUCUGAAUGCUGCAAGCUUAUGGUUAAAGCCAAAAUAUAGAAAUACACACAAUACAAAUUGUUGGUGAACAACUGAUAAAACAUUAACAAAAUGCAGCCAAAACUUUGUCUUCUUUUCGCUGCUCUAAUAGUUUAUGAAAAUCAACAAGUAUUUGGGGAGAAAUGGGAUUCAUUGCUCCAAGAAAAGUUAUUCACAGGAUAUAUGGCGAGCUCAAGACCACAGCUGAAUGAGACAACAAACCUUACAAUGGGUAUGUCAAUACGGAAUAUGUAUCAUUUGGAUGAAAGAAACAAAUUGGUUAAACUUAGUGUUUGGUUCAGAUUCUACUGGAAUGAUAUCCGUCUGCUAUGGAACCCAAAGGAUUAUGGGAACAUCACAAGAUUACAUCUGAAGACAACUGAAGUAUGGACACCUGAUAUUGUGUUACAUAACAGUCUGAAUGAAGAGUUUUCAUCCCUUCAUGAGUAUGCAAAUACCAUACCUGUGAUUGUCCAUCACAAUGGUGAUAUCACCUGGCUUUUCCCAGGUGUCAUUAAAACAUCAUGUGACUUUGAGAUCGCUCUGUUUCCCUUUGACACUCAGAAAUGCGCUUUAUACUUUGGAUCCUGGACAUAUAAUGGAAAUGAACUGAAUACAUAUCCCAUGGAUGCAAAAAGAGACACCCAGAGUUUUACAUUCCCGAAUGGAGAGUGGAUCUUUAUGAAUUUUGAAGUUAAGAGAAAUGUGAUGAAAUAUCUAUGCUGUCCCGAGCCUUAUGUAGACAUCCAAUAUGUCCUCACAAUUAAACGGAAGCCUCUGUUCCAUAUUCUGAAUCUCAUAGUGCCGUGUUCAUUUUUACUUAUACUAAGCACAUUGGGAUUCUUGAUGCCCAUUACAUCAGGGUCAAGGGCACCAUUGGCUAUCAUGGUGCUUCUCUCAAUGACAGUGUUACAGGUGACAGUGUCAGAUACGAUUCCCAGGCAGUCUGACUAUAUACCCCUCAUUAGUCAGUACAUUGGCUUUAUCCUUGUCAUGAUGGUAAUGAACGUCAUUCUUACAAUCUUAAGUCUAAACAUUCAUUACAAUGGGCCACAGUUCACCAAUUCUAUAUUAAUUAGAUGUUUUAAGUCUAUAGGGAGAUGCUUCAGUGUACAUAUUGAAAAUAAGAUACCUGAAAGAUUUACAACAAGAUUUACCGCUAAUGAUACACUCCAAAUGGCUUGCCACAUUAACGAGGGAUACCAUAAUGAAAAUGAAAUAUUAGAACCAACUGAAAAUAGUCACGUCUCAAGUAAAAUUAAUCAACUAUACAAAUUGUUGCAUAAAAUGCGUUUAGAGAAACAUGAACUCACUAAGAAAAAUAAUGAAAUGGAAACAAAGAGACAGGAAUGGAUACAAAUUGCUAUGAUUAUUGAUAGAGUAUUUGCAGUCACAUUUUUACUUGUAACCAUGGUAGCAUUUCUUGUAAUAUUCUCACAACUCUUUGGUGAAACCACAGAAACAUCACUAGAUUGGGUUGAAUAAUCAUUUCAAAUUACUUUUCAUAUUCAAAGUUAAUCAGACAUUUCAAGUUGUAUAUAAAUAUUUCAUAAGGAUCAUCUUCGGGAGCUCCAAUUCAAAAAACAAUAUAGCCCUCAAAAGGAUGCUAUAACAGUUGUGAAUAAUAACCUGUCUAUAUAGCUUCUUUGUUUAGCAAUCACUGAUUUUGAUAUAAUAAAUAUUGUAUUGGAUAUUCAUUUUUCCACAUGCAAAAUAAUUUCAUUAUUUGGAUUCAUUGACAAAAUAUACCCAAGCCACUACAAAUAAAACAUAUUUGUUUUGUGCAAGGUUUUAUGUUUAUUUUAUGUUAAAGGCACUUAACAUGACAAAAUUUUACCAUGUGUAAAUACAAAUUGUUACAUUAAAAUGAAAACUGUUGAAACAUGUUGAAAUAAUUCUCUUUUUUAAAUUUUGAUGAGUUUUGAAUGAAGUACAAUAGUAAAAAUGAACUGGACAUUUUAAGUCACCUGAAAAUACACUUCAGGGUAGUCACGAUAAAGCACAUGUGACUAUGGAAGCUCCUAUUAAAAAAGUUAUAACCUUAUACAUACAGCUUAUAUGUAUAACAUAU